AUGCAAAGCACUGUGCCUCGGACUUACCAUGUACGAUCGACCGGGAGAGCGGUAAAAUGGAUCUUGACGUUCGCAUUCAAGGGGGAUGACUGUGACCAUUUCGAGUGGAGGCUUCAGGCUCAGGGCCAAAAAGAGAAAGUGGAUUAA